ACAUCCAUGUGUGAACCCGCCGAAAUUCAUUACGAUUUGGGUGCCUUGUUAGAUGCUGGUUACUGUUUCGUCUGUUGUCUCGGAAACAAGAUCAAGCGUUGAGUGCAGCGAAUCCACUGCCCAGUACCGUGACUUCUCACUUCCGUACAGUCGGGCAGUCAUUCUUUCCCAUCAACCUCGAGGAGAGCAGUAAGAGAGUUUGUCGAAGGGGUGGAACUCCCAAGAGAUUAGUUCUUUCUCGGCAGCCCAGCAUUAUGAUUCCCAACUGCGCCCUCUGUUUUUCUGCUAGCCGGAUUUUCUAGCAUAGGGACAACAAAGCCGCUGUCCGCUCUUGAAAACUGCAUUUGAAGGAUUGGGGGAAGGAGUGAGAGUUGCUGCGUUCAGGAAAUGAAGCGGGAAGUCUGAUCGAAAACGGCACGCACAAAAGGCGGCUAAGCUAGAAAGAAGCUGUGUGACAACAAGGCCCCUGCGCAUCUGUGAUUAUCCAGCCCGACGCAAAGCCUCCUGCCACGCUUCACAGCCCUCCAGGCCACCUCCACUCUGUGGAGAAAUGGCGCUCCAGACUGUGCUAGAAACCGUAGAAAGCGGGGAGCAAGAUACUGUCCUCAAGGUGUUGCAGAUCUACAACCAGGAGAAAUCUCAGUGUUUUACCUUUGAAGCUGAGGAACAGGAAGAAAGGAAGAAACUGGCCAUGCUCCUGAUCAAGUUCUUGGAGAGGGUGCUCCAGCCAUCCUGCCAGGUGACAUGUUUGGAAAGCAUACGAAUCCUGUCCCGGGACAAAAGCUGCCUUGGCCCUUUUGCAACCAUGGAAAGCUUGAAAACAUUAGCCAGGCAUGCAGGGAUUGAUUACAUAGAGGAGCAGAUGCUAGAAGUUCCAGACCUGGAUGUGAUUCUGGAGGCACUUAAGUGCCUGUGUAACAUUGUCUUCAGCAGCUCCCAGGCUCAGGAACUGACCUCUGAAGCCCGGUUUGUGGUGGGCCUCACAGACCGUAUCAAGCUCUACAAUGAGAGAAACCUCCCCCACGAUAUAAAGUUUUUUGACUUGCGUCUUCUCUUCUUGCUGACGGCGCUAAGAGUGGACAUCCGUCAGCAACUUGCGCAGGAACUCCGGGGUAUCGGUCUUAUGACAGACACCCUGGAACUUACAUUAGGAGUGAAGUGGAUCGACCCUCAUGAGGUUGCUGCUAUGGGCAAUCCUUCCCUGCCUUUACCUCGGCAGGAGGCAGAACGUGCCAUGGAGAUCCUGAAGGUGCUGUUCAACAUCACUUUCGAUACCAACAAGAGGGAGGUGGAUGAGGAAGAUGCUGCUCUGUACCGACGCCUGGGUGCCCUCCUCCGUCACUGCCUGAUGAUUUCAGCAGAUGGUGAAGACCGGACAGAAGAAUUUCACAGCCACACAGUCAACCUCCUGGGCAAUCUGCCUCUCAAGUGUCUGGAUGUCUUGCUGGGCCCCAAAGUGCAUCCAGGCUCACUUGAAUACAUGGGAGUCAACAUGGAUGCUGUCAAUGUUCUGUUGGAUUUCCUUGACCGACGUCUUGACAGGGGUCACAAACUUAAGGAGAGUUUGACUCCUGUGCUGAACUUGCUGACUGAGAGUGCCCGGGUCCAUCGGCAGACAAGGAAAUUCCUUAAAGCUAAGGUACUCCCUCCACUGCGGGAUGUGAAAAAUAGACCAGAGGUGGGAAACUUACUGAGAAAUAAACUUGUGCGCCUCAUGACUCAUAUUGAUACUGAUGUGAAGCAUUGUGCUGCAGAGUUCCUCUUUGUUCUUUGCAAGGAGAGUGUGUCACGGUUUGUGAAGUAUACUGGAUAUGGAAAUGCUGCUGGACUCCUGGCAGCUCGAGGCCUCAUGGCUGGAGGUCGGACAGAAGGAGAAUACUCUGAGGAUGAAGACACUGAUACAGAGGAAUACAAGGAAGCAAAACCCAACAUUAACCCUAUAACUGGACGCGUGGAAGAGAAACUUCCCAACCCGAUGGAGGGGAUGACAGAUGAGCAGAAGGAGGUUGAAGCAAUGAAACUAGUGAAUAUGUUUGACAAACUCUCCAGACAGCAAGUCAUCCAGCCAGUGGGGAUGGGUCAAGGUGGAAAUUUAACUUCUCUGAAUUUAACCUCUCUGGAUGAUGCUGUUCAUCAGAUAGCUGAGGAGAGAUUAUCAUCUGACUCUGACUUGGAAUUGGACUGAGCCAAGCUCUCCUAUUCCUGAAAAACCUAUGGACCCUCUACUCCCCUUCCAGGUGCUGUAUUGGAAGAUCAGUUCCAGGAAAGGACUCUUCAUGGGCUGGAUUCCCAGGCCCAGGCUGGUAUAUCUGCUUCUUCUCUAGCCCUAUGAUAACCCUACCCUUGAGAUUUUUUUUAUAGCUUGACUCUCUUGCUCUCUAUUCCCCUCUGAGUCUUGCACUCUUGACUCAUUCCAAGGAUUUUCCAGCAGAUUUUUUUGAAGAUUGGGAAGGAGGGAGAGAGGAGAGCAAUGUUCCAUUGUAUCUAGUAGCACAUGGAAUGCUGUGAGUGUACGUGUGCAAUUAUUUGUAUGGGAAGAAUGUGUGGUUUGUGUGUGUAUGUUUGCAGUGGGGAUAUUACUUGUGCUGAGCACAUAAGGUAGCAACAAUACAGUGUGGUGGUCUUUAAGAACACAUGGAUAUUCUAGGCAAAUGUGAAUGCGUGGUUGCAGAUAUGACUGGGAGAUAUUACAGAAAUGUGGGAAGCCUGCACUUUUUUUACAUAUGAUAUGUACUGCUGGAGGCAUAUAUAUAUUUGGAAUGUGGGUGGUGAUCAAACACAUUUUUAGGCAAUUCCCUUUAAGGCACAUUAUGUAUGUAGGGAAACAUGCAGGUAAGGAAACUUACACAUUAUUUAAAUAAUAGGUAUAGUUGGGGUAGAUGUCAAGAAAUAUGUUUAUCUGGGAUGUGGGGCGAUAUGAGAAACUGAUACAUCCUUUGCUCACACUGACAUGCCUUUGGUAUUUACAGAUAAUCUGGGAGCAGAAGUACUCUGAUCCCUAUAUAGUCUGACGCUGUAUUGUGUUCCUCAUUCUACCUAGUUUAGUUUUCUGAACUAACAUUGCUCUUUGCGCUCUCCAAACACAAGGCAGUGACCAAUUGCUUAAACACACUCUAAAUUAUCUGCUUCAAUUCCCAUAUUUCCAUAGCAUUCUGCAUUCACAGGUUGCUCUCAGGCACCUUCAUCCCUCACCCCGUUUUUAGACUUUUCUGUUUAAAAGGAAAUCACAUUUUCCACCUUGUUCCCACUGUACCAACAGUUUCUGAAUUUAGCACAAAUGUAAAUGAAUGAUUUUCAUUAGAAUAAAGGAAACCUUCAGGUAACAA